CAGCACAUAAAAGAAGGGUGAUUUGGGUACUCGUGGCUCAGAUUCUCACCUCAGAAGACAUGCAGCACAGAGCAGAAAAGAAGAAGACCCAAGACGGAAGGACGAUCGUUGAGCCAAAGGAAGAACACGGUGCUCCUGUCUCUGAGAACUGCCGAGACUGAGUCAGAUUAUCUAUUUUUUGUGUUUUUUUUUUUCACAAUUCGGGGCCAACGAUCUGCAAAUCCUGUCAAGAAGAACUGCUGUGGUUUUGACCUGGUUGAUGAGAAGAUCCUAGAUGUCCAGAAGAUGCGAGUUGCACCCAUGAGAUGUCAGCUCUGCAGUUAGACCAACCUCUCAAGCCAAGGAGACGCACCUCAGGCACGGACAUCAAGGCAGAGACUCAAGGCGUGAGUCUUUGUGAAUGGGGCAUCAACGGGACAUCGGGGUUGACAUCAAGAGAAGGCACGUUGUUCGGCUAAACAACUCCUUAUCCAGCAAUCAAAGUCACUUUGGGAUUUCAUCUGGGGUUCGGGCUGAAAUCAACAGGAUAUUUGAUCCGCUAGUCUCCUGCCAACCUCCAGCGUCUCUCCUCGCCUUAUUCCAUCCAGUCACCCACCGAUAAGUGGGCAAUCAUGAACUGGUCUGGUCUGGAGGCGCUCCUCAGCGGAGUUAACAAAUACUCCACGGCGUUCGGCCGGGUCUGGCUCUCCAUGGUGUUUGUCUUCCGGGUCAUGGUGUUCGUGGUGGCGGCUCAGCGGGUGUGGGGGGACGAUAGCAAAGACUUUGACUGCAACACGCGCCAGCCAGGCUGCAGCAACGUCUGUUACGACCACAUCUUCCCCAUCUCCCACAUCCGCCUGUGGGCCCUGCAGCUCAUCUUCGUCACCUGCCCGUCGCUCAUGGUCGUCGGUCAUGUCAAGUUCAGGGAGAGUAAGGACAUGAAGUACACCACCUCUCACAACGGGAAACACCUGUAUGCUCACCCCGGAAAGAAGCGUGGGGGGCUGUGGUGGACCUACCUGUGCAGUCUCAUCUUCAAGGCAGGAUUUGAUGCCGGCUUCCUCUAUGUCCUGUAUUACAUCUACGAGGGGUAUGACCUGCCCCGUGUGUACAAGUGCGACAUGGAGCCUUGCCCCAACCAGGUGGACUGCUACAUCUCCAGGCCCACGGAGAAAAAGAUCUUCACGCUCUUCAUGGUGGUUUCCUCCGCUGUCUGCAUCCUCAUGUGUAUCUGCGAGAUGGUCUACCUGAUCUUCAAACGUAUUAAAAAGUUAAUGCUAAAGAAGAGGGAGGCGGACAGGAAAAUGUUCGUUGAGAGUCACGAGAUGGCGCCCCUCGCCCAGCCAAGGUCGAUGUACAGAUCCAAAAGUUCCAUGAGAGUGGAUCCUACAGCAUCAGUUCAGAACCUCAGCAACGACAAAGCAGAAGAAAAGACUUCUAAGCUGUAACGAUGUCCAGUUUACCCAAGAUGUUGUUGGAAAGCUAUAAAUGGACUAUUCAGGGUGUUUUUUAUGAAACGCCAUAGAGACUUUAAGCGAUCCUUGAAUGUGGAUUUUUUUUUUAAAAUAUCAUAACAUUAACUGACAUUCAGAAGGAACGCAACAUGCACUCAUUCACUCCUUAACAAAGGUGUGAAGGGGGAAAAAACUUUUUCACUUGGAUAUAUGUGUUUGAAAAGAGUCUUAUGUGAGAAUGUGCGAAACUGUGUUCUGGUUGAGCUAUCUGGUAUAUGUGUAAAUAACCAAGACCGCAACAAAUAAAUGAAAAAAAAAUGAAGCCAUUUACAUGGUCAUACACUCUAACCACUAAUAAAAAUAAAUUAAUAAUAAUGUCCAAAAUAAUAAAUAAAUGAAUAAUGCAGAGCACUUUGUCUAAUACGCCGUAGCAUAGAUGACUCAGGGUUGGGUUAUUGUGAGGUAUACAGGCUUAUCACACUCUUUAAAGGUUUUUGUUUGUUUGUUUGUUUGUUUGUUUUUUGAUAGAGCUGGAAUGUUGUAGCUUUAUUAAAUGCUGUUAUUACUGCUUUAAUAAUAAAAAAAGAAAAUAGAUUUUAAAAAGGGGGGAGGGAGAAGAAGUGUUGAAGAUAUUUAACUUUGUUUUGUAUUUAUUGUUGAAACCAAUAAAGUUGUAAUUUCCCAACAAUA